AUGGCAUUUCAGGAUCUGAGAAAGAACGUCACGAGUAUUGAAAGGCUACUCGACUUCGUUCGCAGCUACUAUGUGAACAGACUCAACACACUCGACUUCUACGAGGCACUCCAACAUCGUCUAAACCCUACAAAUAUCCUAGAAGAGGAUGAAGCGAGGAUCGGAGGUGUAAGUGAUCCAUUGAUCCUUGAAAGGUUUUUCCACAAUUUAUCGUGUUUUAUAAUGCAGCAUUCGAUGAUGAAGGAGACACUGCAAUCGUUGGACAAAACCUUCACGGAGAGGCUAGAUUGGAUCGACACCUCCAAGAAGGCGUCUGCUGUUUUCUUUACAGCGGCGGUUGCUAUCUGCGCGGCUGUUGCGGCUUCCAAUACCAAAUUGGCCUCCGUGGCAACAGCGGCCGCGGUUGUGUUAAUCGAGCUAAGGAAAUGGAUCCAUUCACUUAUGAAUAUGCGUGAGAGCAGCAUCGAGAAAUACAGGGAUAUAACACGCGUUAUGACUAUGGGCAUCAAUAAGGCAAUCAAGGAUCUCCAAGACAUUAAUGUGUUGUCUCGACAAUCUGUGUCGGAAAAUGGUGGGGAUCACAGCAGCCUGACGGAGAACUUAGAGGAAUUGCUAGAGAAAGCCGACGGCUUCAGCCGUGAUAUGAAGUGGGUUACACAAUUUGUGCUACACACUAUUAUUAAAUGUACACUUUAA